UCUGCAGGUGCAGGCGGACAGUGGAAUUCCGCAGUAGCGUGUGUGUGUGUGCGGAGUGGCAGAGAGAAGCCAUGGAGGAAGGCAGCACGGAGGAGGACAUCGAAGCCCUCAUCGAGGGCAUGGAGUACAUCCCGGGCCACUUCCACCUGGACCUGAACCUCAACUGCGAGCCCCGCGGACCGGGGGAGCUGAGGCGCCGGGACACGUGGCUGAAGCAGGACAGCCUGCGGGCCGAGCUGGAGGCGGAGGCCGGGACCCAGCAGUACGCCGUCAGGAACCUGCUGGGCCUGCUGGCCUUCCACCUGGACGAGACCGAGCAGGCCGAGGAGGUCUUCAGGAGCAUCUGCGAGGAGGACCCCGGGAACCUCAACGCCUGGGCCAACCUGGGCUGCGUCUACGACCGGCUCAACCGGGAGCAGGAGGGGGCCGAGUGCGUGGAGAGGGUGUCCGCCCUGAUGGGCCUGGAGCCCGGGGAGUCGGGCCAGGGCGAGCCCAGGCUGCUGGCGGCCCGCUGCCUGGCAGAGCAGGCCUACGCUCACCCCUACGAUGUGGAGCUGAACAAAGAGGGGGAGCUGAAGGAGAGGCUGACUGUUGCCCUCACCCUGUACAACAGGGCUCUGGAGUAUGGAGGCCAGCUGAUACCUAUUGAAGAAAAAAGAAGCUGGUAUUUUAACAUGGCAACAAUGUAUAUAAGACUGGACGAUAUGAUGAAGGAGAAGACAGACUCAGAGUACACAAGACUAUCCUACUACAACAAGGCCCUGAAGCUCCUCACAGAGGCCCUCAAGUCAGAGAAAAGCCAUUACAAAGCUCUGGCUUGGUGCUACGUGGGGAUCAUGCUAGAGAGGACAGAUGAGUUCUCCAUCGUUCCCAUGUCUGUCCACGACUGCGGUUACUCUGGAUCAGACCCCCUGUCCUGCUAUGGAACGGCCAUUAAAGUCGCCAAUGAGGAUGCGUUCAUCUUGAACCGGCUGGCCAAAGUGUUCUUCCUCCUGGGCAAACACGAGAUGGCCACAGGGAUCUGCAACAUGGCACUGAACGUGCUGCCCGACCCCGAACUCAACUGGCAGGCUUACUGUACCCGAGCCAAGAUUAAUGUCACCACCUAUGUGAGAGACCUGGAGAGAGCCAAAUUGGGUUUGGCAGGCGUACCGGACCGACAGAAGUUAGCAGAAGCCAAGGCAGACCUAGACCGCGUAUUAGAAGUGCGUCCCUGUCUGAGGACGCACCUGGAAAUGGGACAGGUGUACUACUACAUGGGCGUGGACGCCAUGCAGGAGAGCCUGCUGGUGGACGAGGGCGCGGUCAACGCGGCGCUGGUGAGCCUGGCGCAGGCGCUGCAGUGCCAGCCGGGCGACAGCCUGCCCGAGCUGCAGCUGCUGCGCGGGCGCUGCCUGCUGCUCAAGGGCGAGGAGCGCAACGCCGCCGAGUGCUUCAAGCGGGCGCUGGCCCUGGAGGCGCCGGGCAGCCGCGACACCGCCGCCCUGCGCCGGCUCCUGGAGACCCUGCUGGCGCUCUUCACCCAGGGCGGGGCCACCGCCGACCCGGGCCCCGCCAUCGGCGAGCUGGAGGCGUGCGUGCGGCGCGCCGAGGAGCGCUACCCCUACGAGACGGUGCAGGCCGAGCUGCGGCGGCUGUGCCGCGCCCACACCGCCGACAUGGCCCAGCUGUCCCGCGCGCUCGUCCGGCUGGGCCGCACCGACCUGGUGCGCAGGCUGCUGGAGACCGUGCAGCCCAAACGACCGGGCAAGAGGCCGCUGGCCCGCUCGCUGACCGUGUGAGCCACGGACCGGGACCGAAACUCUAAAAUCACACGACUAUAGCGUACGGCACAAGAACAGGAAGCGCUAGGUGAGCUACAUCACCUAACAAAACAAGGCAUGGACUGUUCUUCGUGGCCACGUGAUUAUUAAUUAGUCUAAUUAAGAGCUGAAAUUGGCUAUUUUACCAGUUGUCCCUGAAAACCACAAUGCCUGUAAUUAAAAAUACUUACUACAGAAAAUACAAAAUUAUUAUGAAAUCAUUUGCCGGCAAGGGGAAAUUAACCUGGUGGUUCAUGGACCCUCGCAUCAUAUCUUAAACUGCGGGAGUGUUCAGGAACGGUACAGUUAUUCAGUGUUAUUCAUGAGCCAAUUGUUUGCAUAAAUAGUUCACAAAAUGACUGUAUCUUAAUGAGCAGUAUAAAAAAAAGAAAGCAAACCAUAACUUUACACCAUAGCUGAUUAGCAGUUGUCUUGCCGUUUCAAUUAAAUUCUCAUAAAGACGCAAUUAAGUAGUUGCGUGAGAAAAAAAAACAUUAAUUUCAGACAGUAUAAAUACUUCAAUUGCCAAGCAUGCUGAAUAGGAGUCAUUUCAAUGAAGCGCAAUUUGAGCUGUUUCUCAGAAUGUUGUUGCUAAGCUAGAACGGCUGGUUGGACUGCAUUACUGUCGGAAUGCUGGGGGUGUGGGGGUCUUUCUUAAGGAUGAUAAAUGUCAAAAUUCCAGUUGUGUUAAAAGACUUUGUGUGCUGUAAAUGAGUGUAAAAACCAUUUGUAAAUUGAGUAAAUAUGAGUGAAUUUGUCUUUUGUAGAAUGUAUGCCAAGCAUGAACAUUACGCAACUGUACUUACCUUCUAGAAUGCAAUAUCAGAACAGGAAAGAGAAAUGGUUUUCAA